GACCAGAGAGAGAGAGACGAGAGAGAGACACGAGAGAGAGAGAGCGAGACCCAGAGAGAGCGAGACGAGAGAGAGAGACGAGAGAGAGACGAGGCCCCUCUUUCCCCCUUCCUCUGGCCGACCGCGCAAGGCAGCCGGAGCGCCCUCGCCCCGACUCAGGAACCCGGCAGAGGAACCCGGCAGAGGAACCCGAACCCGGCAGAGGAACCCGGUAGAGGAACCCGGCAGAGGAACCCGAACCCGGCAGAGGAACCCGGCAGAGGAACCCGGCGCCGCAGCGAUGGGCAACAAGCAGGCGACGGCGGUCAAGAAGGAGGGCGCCACCCCCAACGGCACGGACGCGCCGGAGGAGGGAGCCGGCACGGUCGGCGACGAGGGCCGAUGCUCCGAGCCCUCGCUCGGCCAGGGCAAGGGCCAGGGCAGCGCCGACGGAGGCGGGGAAGUACGGCCCGAGGCCGGCGGCUCGGACGCGAUCGUCGCCGGCACCCAGGAGCUCGCCCGGGCCGUGCUGAGCGGCGACAAGGACGGCCCCGCCGCCCUGGGUCAAGGUGCGGAGGUCACGAAGGUCGCGAAGGUCACGAAGGACGCGGCCGCGUGCAUCCAGCAGGUGGAGGCGGCCGUGGCGGCGUUGAUCCCGGCGGGCGCCGUUGAGGCCGCCGAUCAAUUCGCCGCGGAGAGGUCGGCCGUCCGUGAGGAGGGGGAGGAGGAUCAAGGAGGUGACGAGGGGAAGGAGGAGGAGGAGGUGGUGGUCGAAGAGGAGGAAUUUAAGGAGGAGGAGGUGGUGGAGGAGAAGGAGGAGGAGGUUGAUGAUGAGAAGGAACGACACUUGGAGAAAGUUUACAACGUGCACCGCACAGAGGAGGAUGAUGAGGAAGAUGCGCAGGUGGUGCCCCCCUUCGCCACCGCCGGCGCCGCUGCCGCCGCCGUCGCGAGCGCGGCUUUGAGCAAAGCGUCGCCCGUGAUGGCGCAGACCCCGGUGACGUUGAUCAGGGCCCACCUCCUGGAGCCGGCGAUCAACGUCAAGGACGGCGCGACGCCGACCAGCGAUGAGACGAGCGACGCCGCCGAGCUGGAGACGCCGGACUCGGGCGAGGGUCUGGAGGGGGUCAAUGAAGAGGUGAAGGAGGUGGAGAAGACGCGGAAGGUUGGGGAGGUUCCGGUUGUGCGCUCGACCCGUGACGACGACGACGAUGAUGAUGGUGAUGCUGUCAGCAACGUUGAUGCUGGGGAGGAGGAGGAGGUGAUGGAGGUGGCGUACGUGGUGAUGGAGAAGGAGGAGGAGGAGACCGAGGAGGAGGAGGAGGAAGAGCUACCGCAGCAGCUGAAGCAGAAUAAGAUGGCGGAGGUGGUGGUAGGGGCCGAUGUGGAGAGCUCACCAUUCCGUGCGGGAGGAGAAGAUCUUCACGGAGACCUGCUGGACGCGGUACUGCGCGGCCAGGAGUUCAGCACUCAGAUCCAGCCGCACAUUUAAAUCUGCGUUCUCACACCGGGGAGGGUGAGGGGUGGGAGCGGGGUGGGUGAGGGUCAAGGUGGUGGUAAUUUCCCUUCUGAAAUUAGUGACGAUAGAAAUACCCGUGAACAAAGUGCGUUGACUUUUUUUUUACUUUCGUCAGAGGCGACCGUGAGCAGACGACAAUCACCAAUCGUUAAACGCCGUCGACGAAAGGGAAUCUUUUUAGUCUUGACGGUACAGCCGCCCUGGCUGAAUUUUCUGACGUACGAUAGUUUCCGGAACGCUGCUCGGCUGGCUUGGGGUCAACAUCAUUGGCAUAAGGCACUACCACUAGAGAGCCCUCGGCCACAUCCAUCGAUAUCUCUAAAUCAGCGCAAUCCUGUAACAAAACAAACAGAAUCACGUGACUUUCAGAGUGGCCAAACCCCACUGUGAGCCCCUCCCCUCUCCCCGUCUACUGUGAAAACAGACACCGCUCCUCGAGGCCCUGACGCAGCAGCUUCAUCCUCUUCUCUCUCCUCGUCCUUCCUCGCUCUGUGCUCCCGCUUCUCCGUUCAUCUCCCAUCCUCUCACAUUUACCAAUUCUCCCUUCCCUCCGCCGCCCCGUGUCCUUUUCCCGUGCAUCGCAUCCUUGCCUCUCUACUCCCCCUUCCCCCGUGGCGUAGCCAAUGGGCGAUAGUAGCAAUCUUAUCUCGUCGUUUUCCUGUACCCCUUAACCCCCCCCCCCUGUAAGCAGGGGGGGUGGGGGCGGGGGGGUUAGGUUGAAACCAAGCGAGAUGGACGCUUCAUCAUCCGGCUGAGAUGAGCGCACGAAACACUGCAAAGUCCCAGGGUGUAACUGGUGGUGGUCUUUAUUUUGUAUUGGAGCCUCUGUCGAGUUCCCAAGAACUCCUUUCCAGUUCUUGAGACAGGAGGGUGCUGCUUGGGCCAUGGGGGGAGGGGGGCUCAGAUGAUUGAGCGAUCGCUGUGCACGUUGCGGCCACGUGCUCUUCAACGCCCUGUGCAUCCGAUGCAACGGGGUUUCACGUGACUGAGAUGCCCCCCCCCCACUCCCCACCACACUCCAGCCACUAGAAGCCGCUUACAUCCACGACAUGGAAUCAGUAAGAUGUGAUUGAAUCGCGACAGUUAAUGCGAUCACAAGGGUUAUGAAAUCUCAACAUCCCUACUACUGAUACGCACACAAAGACGUCCCGCAUAGCUUGUAACAGACUGUUGCGGCAAGUGCUGUUAGCGAGCACCUAUUAAGGCCAGUACGGUACAUGAGAGGGUGGGUGGCCAGAACCACGUCCGACCACCUUUGUCUCCCCAGUGGCGAUGU